AUGCAUGAUGUCGUCUUCCAGGCCUUUUCCGGCGUCUCAUUGUUGCUCGUCCUCUUGCCUAUCUCUUGGCACAUUCGGGCAGUGAACACAGGGACAUUGUCAUUAAUCUUCUAUGUAUUCUUCGGCAACCUGUUCUACUUCGUCAACUCCGUCGUUUGGUUCAACGCGCUGUGGGAUCCGGCUCCCGUGUGGUGUGAUAUUACUGCGAAGUUCCAAGUCGGAAUGAGUGUCGGCAUUCCCGCAGCAUGUCUAUGCACCAACCGCCGGCUUUACCUUAUUGCUACCAUGCAGCUCCCUCAGUUAGAUGGCCCAUCACUGAGACGUCUUGCCUUCAAGGAAUUAUCGUUGACAGCAGGGCUCCCAGCUGCAGUGAUGGUCUUGCAUUACAUUGUUCAGGGGCGUCGUUAUGAUAUUGUACAAGGUGUUGGCUGCUGGGCACAUACAUAUUGGUGCUGGAACGCCAUAUGGCUGGUGUUCCAGUGGCCUUUUACUCUCGGGCUUGCAUCACUUGCAUAUGGUGGUGAGCAUGGAUUCAAGAGAUCUAGCCGCUACAUUCGUCUGAUGGCUCUAUCCUGUGGGGAGAUGGCAUUCACGCUUCCGUUGGGCUUCUGGAUUUUCUAUCUCAGUGUGGGCGAUGCUGGUAUCAACCCUUGGAUUUCGUGGGAUUAUGUACAUGCCCACUGGUAUGACAUCGAGUUUCGAAGUGACUUGAUUCUUCAGUCAACCCCCCUAGAGUGGGUCGUCACGUCAUUGACCCGAUGGUGUCUUCCUGUAUCUGCGAUCGCUUUCUUCGUCUUCUUUGGCUUGUCUGGCGGCGCGAUGCAGGAGUAUAUGAAAGCGCUUCGUUUCGUCUUGAACAAGCUCCACAUAAAGAUUCCGUACGGGUUUCCUCAGACCGGCCACAUGUCGUUGCUGACUAGUCCCCAGUACACGCACGCACAACGGAGAGCUGGGGGAAACAUUCUCUCAAUUUGA